AUGCGUCCACGGCUUCAGCUGAGGAGGCGAAGCACGCCGGCUCUCCUGAGGGCGGAGGCGAGCACCGCGCUUGCUGUUCACCGCAAGCAAGUUAAACACCUGCAGGCGCUCUCCACCGCGCCCGCGCAUGACCCCGCCCUGCCGGUGGCCGAGGGGAAAACAGUGUCGGAUGCCGCUGCUGCUGCAUCGGGGGGCAACUCCCCCCGCGCGCCCGCUGCCACUACCGCCGGUUUCGAGCUUCAGAAGGGCGACUUCCCGCAGCUGCCAUCGCUGAAGGGGGAGACCGCCUCGCCGGGGCGACGGUCGCGCACGCCGCCGGCGCUCAUCACCGUGGGGUACGUGACUCCGGCGGAGGCGGGGGAGAGGGCCGGCGACACGCCUGCUUCGGACACUCCAGCGGCGCCAACCGCCGACACCGUCGCCGCCGCCGAAACCGCCUCCGCUGCCGGGGUGGAGCCACCGCCGCUACACGCCCUCCGUAUGACGGACUCGGAGAAGGCGCAACUGAUCAAACAGCAGCAGGCGGAACAGCGGGGGUGGCACGAGCGUGACGCUGAGGACCUAGCGGCGGAGGCAGCGGCUGGAGGAGACGGCGCGGGGGGGGUAACGGCGCCGCCCACCGCCCGGGAGGUACAUGCCGCGGCUGAGAGGGCCGUCCAGCGUGCCCAAGCAGUGGAGGUAGAGGCACGCGACGCGAAGUAG